UAACGGCUUCGGUAUUUGGGUGGUUUAAUAAGGAGAGGAGCGGAGAGAGUGAGUUAGUUCAAAGUUGCCUCUUUUCUUCUCUCUGCUGACCCUGGAGGAGACUUAGGGGCCUCUUAGGUGGUGGCAGCUGUCUGUUGUGGGUAAAUGUUUAAUUUAUUGAAAUGAAGCAGGGCAGAGAGGCCGGAUCAACAGCACUUGGGGGCUGAGACAGGGGACCUUGUGUAGGUCCUCUCUUUCUGCGGGGCCCUGACCCGCCUGCCAUCCCUUUCUCACUGAGAACGCUGAAGGAGUAGGAGAAAAGAUAUCAAGAUGAGUGGGGAUGUAGCAGAUUCCACAGAUUCUCGAGGUGCUCUCAGCCAGGUGGAGACAGGAAAUGAUCGAAACGGCUUAGAUUUCAACAGGCAGAUAAAAACCGAGGAACUCAGUGAUUCCCUGCAGCAGACCCUCUCGCAUCGGCCAUGCCACCUGAGUCAAGGACCUGCCAUGAUGCCUGGAAACCAGAUGUCUGGGGACAUGGCUUCACUCCAUCCGCUCCAGCAGCUCGUGCUGGUUCCCGGACACCUCCAGUCUGUCUCCCAGUUCCUGCUAUCUCAGACCCAGCCUGGGCAGCAAGGUCUGCAGCCAAAUCUUCUCCCCUUUCCACAGCAACAAAGCUCCCUCCUUCUCCCGCAGACGGGGCCUGGCCUGGCAUCCCAGGCAGUUGGGCGUCCAGGGCUGCCAGGAUCCUCUUUAGAACCUCAUCUGGAAGAGUCUCAGCAUCUCCCAGUGUCCAAGCAUCUUCCCAGCUCUGGAGGGGCUGACGAGCCCAGUGACCUGGAGGAGCUGGAGAAGUUUGCCAAGACCUUCAAGCAGAGGCGCAUUAAGCUGGGCUUCACACAGGGAGACGUGGGGCUGGCGAUGGGAAAGCUGUAUGGCAAUGACUUCAGCCAGACUACCAUCUCGAGAUUUGAGGCCCUCAAUCUGAGCUUCAAGAACAUGUGCAAGCUCAAACCACUGCUGGAGAAGUGGCUGAACGAUGCAGAGUCCUCGCCAUCAGACCCCUCAGUGAGCACCCCCAGCUCUUACCCCACCCUCAGUGAGGUGUUCGGGAGGAAGAGGAAGAAGCGGACCAGCAUUGAGACCAACAUCCGCCUGACUCUGGAGAAGAGAUUUCAAGAUAACCCCAAGCCCAGCUCAGAGGAGAUCUCCAUGAUUGCAGAGCAGCUGUCCAUGGAGAAGGAGGUGGUGAGGGUCUGGUUCUGCAACCGACGCCAAAAGGAAAAGCGAAUCAACUGCCCUGUGGCCACACCCAUCAAAUCACCUAUGUACAGUUCCCGGCUGGUGUCUCCCUCUGGGUCUCUGGGCCCCCUCUCUGUUCCUCCUGUCCACAGCACCAUGCCUGGAACAGUAACGUCAUCCUGUUCCCCUGGGAACAACAGCAGGCCUUCGUCUCCUGGCUCAGGACUCCACGCCAGCAGCCCGAGUGCAUCUCAAAAUAACUCCAAAGCAGCCGUGAACUCCUCCUCCAGUUUUAACUCUUCAGGAUCUUGGUACCGAUGGAAUCAUCCCACCUACCUCCACUGAGACCAAAAAGUUUCUCCUGUGCCACUGGCCCUGUUAUUCCCCACUGGAGGAAGGCAGUCACGCCUUCUCUGUAUGGACUGAUUACUUUCAGGAGAGUGGAAAAGAAUCCCCACUGUCAAUGAACCCCAACGCUUGCCUUCUUCAGGAACAAGGGCCUCUGGAGAUCCAAACUGUGAUUGAACCGUGUGCUAACUCCUAGUGCUCUUGAAAUGAACACCCCUCCUAGGAGUUUACCAUUUUCACGUUCCUUGCCUGUGCCCUCACCCUCUAGUUCUGAAUACUGCAGCCGGCAUCCCUGCGGCCGUGGUCUUUUUAGGAAGGACCUCUUGCCAUUGUGCUCCAGCCCAUCUCCAGCGCCUUCUGGGCACAGCCAUUUGCCUGGUGCCAGAUGUCCAGAGGGGAGAUAGUGCUUUUCAACUUAGCCACAAUCUCCAAACAGAUUCUAGACUCUGGAAAGAUUUGCAUCUGAUGUCUCCACCAAAGUUUUGAUGUUUUCUCUGUUCGGCCAAGUUUUUCUGAUGGAAUCUUCAUUUCAUCCCAUUUUCUCUUUAGCCCCGCCCCCUUUUUGAGAACCAGAUCCAUUCCGGAUUCUCCAAGUUCCCUCCUCUUUUCAGAAGGCUGAGCUGCCCUCGGUCCCCUGGGCACAUGUCUCAGCCCACAGGUGCUCUUCUGUCUGCUCCGUCUGCCCCAGAGUCCAGGAGCACUUGUUCCUUCUCUCCUUCCCUGUGUUUCUUCUUAGCUCAUCCUCUCUUCCUUCUCUUGAUGCAGAAGGAAGACCACAAACACACAACAAUUAUGCUGGCAAAAUACUUGUAUAUAGCUCUUUCCUGUUUUUGGAUCAUGUUCUUAAUGUGGAAUUUUCCAGCCAAAUGUCUAACUCAGGUGUGAAUUUUGAAGACGUCUCUGUAAUAUUUUAUCUUCUUUAACAAAAAAAGAAAGAAACAGAAAGGAAAAAAAUACCAAAGUGUGAAAUACUACGCUAGCUUCCACAGGAGUUCCCACAUGGGCUGGGAAUCCUUGCUGAUUUCUACGGGAACAUUCUCUCUCGAGCCUCCUUCUUUGUGGGCCAGUGUGUAGACAUGCAACAUGAAGCCAUUCCAGAAAUGGUAACCUUUUUUUUUUUUUUUUUAAAGACUGCAUAUCAAAGAAAAUGUUGAUAUUCAGAGGAAUCUCUCUGUUCCUAAAUAAAUUUGUAUAGUGAUGAUAUAAACUAUUCCGCUAUGGAUAAGAA